GCUUUAACUCGCGAUCCGCGAGGCGGAUGGUACCGGGAACGCGAGUCGUAGGUGCAGGUACCCGAUGUAACAAGGAUCGAGACUCUCAAGCUAGGCGAGUUCUAGCUCCUGCACUCUGUGCCGGAUCCCGUGGAGCACGGUGGCACGGACGGCAUUUUUCGGGGGGGGUUUGAACCUCGAGGAGAGCCAGGUGCAGGUGUCCAGGUGUUUCACGCGGGGGAGAGUCCGUCUUUGCGCGCCCUGUGCCCGAGUGUCGACCGAGAACUGUUAAACGAGGGAGGAAUGUCCAGUGUGCGUGGUCUCUAGGUCGAGGGUGUCCGUAGGAUCGAGGAUUCAUCGAUCACGGCGUGAACGUGUCUCCAGGUGUCCGAAUGUUUGAGGUAAACACGAAUGCCGCGACGUGAUCGAGCCAGAUUCCGAGAUCAGGAACAGUAAGCAACCAGUUGCCGUACGGGAUUAUCCUUGGCGAUCGAGACCGACGAAGGAUAUAUUUCUGUUCUUCGUGGGCUGGGAAGAAGGAAGAGGAGAUGUUCUUCGCGGUAAUCGGACUCGACCAAUAGCGGAAGGAUUUUAUCCGAGUCGACGAGGAGCCGCGUCGAGAAGGCGGCCCGUCGUUCGUUAAGAUCGUGUCGCGAUAUCCGAUUUCUUCGAUUAUAGUAAUAGUAUCGACGCGAUAAAGCACCGCGUCCUUCCGCCACGGGGAAAGAAGAAGCCGAGAUCGAUUUUUGACGUCUGACACGAGCGGCGUUAUCCUUCGUUCCCGUCCAGGACGCGGCUCCUGUUGAUUAUAAGCGCUAAUGGCAACGACGGUCGAUCGAUCAUCGACCUCGUUAGCCGCUGGGAUACUUGGUCGAUGAUUGUGCUCGCUUGAUCGAUUCCUCGAGCCGGAAGAAGAAAACCUUUCUCGAUUCUGGAGAAAUGCGCUACACGGGAUAUUGGAGAUAUGUGGUGCGCGUAACGUCAUAGUUUUUGAAUCAACCAAUCAGGCCUAACUGUGCUUUGUAAAAAUUUCUCACGAAAAUUGUUGGUUAGCCUAAGUUUCCGACAGUGGGUGAAUUCUACUAGGCUUAACUUAACCUCCGAUCGACAACGAAAAUUCUUCGAGUGUCUUCGAUUUCAGCGACAGAGUUCAGUGAUAGUUAGCGGGGGUAAUAGUCGUACGACGGUGUGUUUAGCGCAAGAAGAUAACGACCUUGAAACUUUUCCACACGGAUCCGAGAGCUGACUCGAACACCGUCGAGAUGCUCCACGCUCGACAACGUGACUACAGCUAAAAGGUCGUGAUCGAUCGGCUCGCUUCGAUGGCCUAAGAGAACUUUAAACGUGCAAGGUCGUUAUGCAUAGCGAGAAAAGGGGGACGCUCUAAACCGCGUCAAGUUCUCGUCCGACUAGAACGGAAUUGACCGUUCCGUAGGGACAAUUUGCGAGGCCUACCCGACCUAUUUACUACGAAGAGAACACAGUAGCGUCUCAACGGAAAGAGAGCCCUUCUCGAGACAGUCCAGAUGACGCGAUAGCGGAACCCGCUGAUCCGCGCGAUGCCGUGUCAAGGACAUUCGCAGAAACGGGAACGUACCGGCACUAAGGAAAUGUGGCACGCGGAUCGCGGAGCCUCCCUCGAAUUUUCACAGGGUUAUCGACAGACCGCGAAGUCGCGGACGUGUCUCGCCAGGCGACGAUAACGGAGGAUCUUGUAUCGCCUAGUUUCGAAAGCCUAACAUACUCAACGAAAUCGUAGACCGGGUACAUCGUUUACGGUACGCUUCAACGACGCCUUCUCAUCGGAUUUCCACGUGGUCCCGAACGGCUCACGGAAGAAGAUUCUCAUCCAUGGAAUCGUCUUAAUCCCAAAUCGAUAUCCAUCCUAGUUGAUAGCCCGACGCGGGGAACGGAGUAGCAGAUUUCGGUGCCGCCGUAAUCCGCUAAAUGAGAUCCACUAAGGAAAAAGUCGAUCAAGCGGCCCAGAAAGCUACCUCUGUCCCGUGCAAGAGGAACCUCGUCAGUCGACCUCGCAACCGACCCAGCCUCUGACCCCGUCGUCAGCACACAAAGCAGCCCCGCCAGCACUCGAUGAGUCCUAGUGGAGAUAAGGAUCCUCGAGCACUCUCGAUCGUUCGCCUCGAAAGCUUGAAGAAGCUCCGGUUGGCACCUCUCUGAGAGCGGUUGGGUGAUGCGCGGGAGUAGCUCCGAGCUCCUGCUGGAGGCGAGCUGCGUCCAGUGCCAGAGCGAUCAUCCAAGCCAGCAUAGGCAUCAGCACCAUCAGCUGAACGAGAAGCACGACUUCCAGGAGCGAGAGCUACGUCGUCGCAAGCUGUUGGAGCUCGGGUUCGGCGCUUCGCGGCGCCGACCGCCACGGCGUACCUGCCGUCAGCGGUUCAACUUCUACGCCACCUCGGCGUUGGCCUUCGUCGCGACGUCUGGCGGGGCGGCGCUCCUCUUCCUGGUGCCCCUCUACGUCGAUCCGGCGAUCAGCACCUUGGCAGCCGAUUUCUCCCCCGAACCGGUUAUCUGCACCACGUCCAGACGCGAGGAGCUCUACGGUUUGUUCAACUGCACGUGGAGCUCGUGCCGCGAGGGAUGCACCAGUGACGUUUACAGGUGCACCCAUAUAUACGUCACUUACACACCAUGGAGCAACACCAGUAUGAACAACGACACCGGAGGUAGAGGGAACAACGCGAACUCUACCGGCGUCGCGCACACCUCGACCACUCCGGUGCCAACGCCAGGUGACGUCGAGGCGGCGCUCCUUGUGAACAUCAAAGGGUGCGGCUAUCCGCCGAUCGUCGACUGCGACAACUUCACCCGCGAAUUGGGCUACGAGGGCGCCAAGUUCCCUUGCCAUUACAGCCGCGUGAACGGCAGCAUAGUGAUGGCGAACUAUAAUCGCGAGGCGCAGGUCACCACCAUCAUACACUUCUUCGCGGCACCAUUCGUAGUGACUCUCGCGACCAGCGUCGCUCUGUGUGUGAUGCACUGUGACUGUAGGUGCAGUCCGCCGCCUCGACAUUCCUCACGCGGGAUCAGAGGAGCCAGGGGUAACGAUCUCAGAAUCGAGUUAUGUAAAUUCUGCAACAUACAUAUCGGCGAUUAGAACGUCACUGUUAAACUCGGUGUGAGUAUACACCAGCUCGGUCAAGGUCCAUUGUUCCAUUUGAUUGAGAAGUCCGUUAUCGAGCCAACGCGUGGCGACCACGUGAAAGGCUGUUCGGAAAUUUUUGCUUAUCGCUGAUGAAAGCUUGUGUGUUGUACCACUGAUUGUCGGGAUAUCGGGCAUACGAGAUCCACGAGCCAUCGACGAGACACGAAAAUGGCUCGUCCCGUACGUAUUGCGACAGAGUUUCUACUAUUCUCAUCUUGAUGGGGGUAUCAAUGUCCCGGGAAGUCUUUAAAUUCCGCCGAUGGAACGUUUCCAACGACGGGAGUGCGAAAUGUUUCCUCGACGGCCGACAGCUGUCACGUUUCGGGAUAUUAUAUCGGCUGGCCAAAAAAGUUCCUGCAGUUUUUAACGAUAAAAUCAAUGCCCCGGCAAAAACCCGGAAUAAAACGAGACUGUCGCUUUAUUCUGUCGCACUUGAACUUGAUAUCGUGCCUGUUUACAUGCAUUGGUUGUCCGUGGAAGCUUGUCUUCAUUACAAUCGAGAAUUUUUAUUAAAUUCAUUUCCGAAUUGAAUUGUAAUGCUUCGUGAGAAGCGGGGACAAUAUUUUAUUCAUAUGGAUUUACUUGAGGAGGAAAUUUUAACGUGAUGUAAAUAUAAAUAUGUACGUAGGGAGGAAAGUGUACUUGGAAGUUUUUCGAUGAUGUGAAAGUAACGAUAGCUCUUCCACCAUCAUUUUUCUUUAGAUAAAUAUAGUAAAAUUAAAAAGAAUAUUACGCUGUAAUCCCGAAACUGAAUUUCAAAAGAAACGCGUGCGCGAAACAGUGUCAGAAUCGAUUUUCCCAGCAAAAGGAAUAUAAUAUCGGAAAGUUUUGUUCUACGUUUUCCAAUCUACUUUUACACGUAGACUCGUUACGUUCUGGCCUGUGCCACUCGUUGCGGGCUACCUUGUACAUCCAGGCCAUGUAAACACGAGCUUCGACUUGCAAUGGCUUGAUUAAUGUUAAAUACGACUGAGUGCUCGUGACUAAAUUGCUUGCGAUCGGUUUAAUAGCGAAAGUGCAAUUCGCGUUCGGCUUAAUGAUCGAGGGUGCAACUUGAAUGCAGGUCGCGUUACAACCGAUUCGUGGUUUAAUGUUUCUACUUGUAGGUCUCGAGGAACUUGAUCGUUGUCAGAAACGUAGGACAAAUGAUGUUGUUUAUAGUCGGUUGCAAGAGUCUACAUAUAUCUACAUACUUAAUAUCACAUGGUGAGCCAAAGAAAUGAUACGUAUUGUCAUUAGAGGACCAAUAAAAUAUUGAUGUAAUAUAUAUACAUUAACGAUAAGGAGAAUUUUUCCAUGCUGUAAUAUAUCUCUAAUAUUUUAAUGUACGUUUUUGCUCCUUCGUAAUUCGUAUAUUUUGUGUGCUUUUUCGUAAAUGAGUUUAAUAAAUAUACGACAAAGUCGAUGAUAAACUUAUACGAUGUAUGUAGACAUUUGUGACUGACUGUAUUUUCGAGAAAAGAAAAUAUAUUUAAUUGAAGGAUUUAUUUAAAAAAUGAUUUUCUUAGGAUUUUUAUCAACGUUUAUUUAGUUUUAAAACCUUUCUACUAUUGCUACUCAAAUAAGAUUAAUUUAAAGAACUACUUAACACUUUCCAAGUAUUCCAUUAAAUAAACCUCAUAAAUAAUUCCACAUGAUUCACGAAAAAGUGUUUAAUUUGAGGAAACUGCACGAACUUUUCUGAUCACCCUGCUGCUUGUAACGUGUGUGUUGAGUGGUUGUUGUCAAUCGACGUGUGCGAACAUUUUUCACGUAUGUGGCUUUGUAAGAAAAAAAGAAAGUAAUAAGUCUGACGCAUUGUGCGCAUCGAAAUCUUGGUCCACUUAAUCGACUGAGAAAAAAAGAGAUCACGGUGCGAUCGAGUCGAUCGAUAAAAUCGUGUGUAUUGCUUCUUUGAAAAAUUGUUGGAUGGGUCGGCAGUUUUGUUUAAGUGUGUGUCCGUGUAUCGUGCCAAAGCUUUUCGAGUUACUGAUGCGAUUUGUUUUUCAGCUACUUCCAUCGACAUUGCCAAAAACGUACGACUUGCGAGCACGUGUCGAGCAACGUCGCGUCGGUAAGCAAUCGGGGAUCACGUUCCAUGUUUUAUUGUCUCGUUUUGACUGGCACAAUUCGAAUAAUGCUGCACCAAUACACGAACAUGAAGCUCAGGGCACAUUUUUAACAAUGGGCAGUUUGCAUGCGUUACAACAGGGCCUCGAAAUUCGUUACUUCUGGUACACAUUUGUUUUUAAAGUUUUCAACAUUGAUACUCUUUAUAAAAUAUCUGGAGAAUAAUAGAAAUAUGUAACCAGUACAAUAAACUUCAGGUAUGUCUAAUUCUUUGUUCUAUUAAAGUAAAUGUUCCCAUAAAAAUUGAAUUGGUAAUAAACGUCAUCUCCAAACUAAAUCCAGAUUUUGCUUGAUAAAAGUUCUAUGCACAUUUGACUACUACUAAAAGUUGCACGUAUUAUACUACAGUUCUGUAACCAUACGAAUAAAAAUAUUAGAUAUUCUUAAUUGACAGACAUUGGAAAAACCCAUAACGCAUGCAACAAUUUCGCAGAGAAAGUUGAUUCAUUUACACGGGGCCAAAAAUCUAGACAGUUGUAAUAAUACCUCUGAUACUAUCUAAGCGUGAUCUAUUUCUAUUCUAGUUUUCACUUUUCGAGCAUUUACAAUAUACAAGAAAACUAUUGAUAUAGUAUAACCGUUUCCAUUUUUGUAAGAUUUAAACAGCGCUGCGAGUCGAAUGUCUGGCGAGAGUAAUAUUAAGAGUCACGCAUCUGUCAUCGAUGUCACUUUGCACAUUUACGGUACAAUGGAGUUGUGUACUGUUGGGAGUUGAAAAAAAUGAUUCUCGAAGGAAUGUGUCAGCCAUUAUCUGCUGAAUUCGAAUGUCUUUUUAAACUAUAACUAUCAAAGAAAUUGUAGACUGGUACUUAUGUCCUCUAGGGAGAAAGAAAGAUCAAUCCUGAAAAGGGUUGUGUUUAGUAUUAGGUCAGAUCUACCAAGAAAUCCACAUUCUAUUCACUCAUGGCACCAUAUUGCUCUCGAUUCAGGCCUAAUCUUUUUUUCUACACACAACAUAUCUCGACCAACUUUUUUUCAGCUCCCAGCAGUACAUGCGUCUUCACUAAUGCACUCUAGGGAGAAAGAAAG